AUGACUGACAUCUACAACAUAAAUAAUACAUUGUACACUACCCAUAUUAACCCACAAUUUUAUUCUGAUCUUUUCUUACCUGCUUUUAUUAAGUGGAUAAUUUGUUUGCCUGGAAUUGUUAACAAUUUGGCGUUGAUCUGUGUUACUUUUAGAGAAAAAUCUCUCCGUGGGCCAUGUAAUCUUCUGUUAGCAUUAGGUGCCCUUUUUGAUUUCUUCUAUUUAUUUGGCUUUACAAUACCUUUUUUCUUGGCAUUGACAACAAUUAAUUUUAUCCCGCUACAAACUUGCUUCUAUAUUCAAGCAAUUCCUUUAAUCUCUCUCUUUGCUUCAGUAAAUACUGUUUUGUUUGUUGGAAUUGAUCGUUUGUUAAAUGUUAUCUUAUCUUUAAAGUAA